GACAUCUGACCCGGCUGUUGAAAUCCGCUUUGAAUUUGUUGAAUACCUGCAAAGAAUUAUGAGGACAACAGAGGAUUACACAGCUUUCGCUGACGUUAGUACACCUCAGACAAUGGAGAAAGAUGGGGACAUCACGAAUUUUGUGGAAAACAAGAUAGCGACAGGUCUGUGGACCUAUUGCAUGCCGAUAAUCUUGAUCAUCGGAACGUUCGGGAACGUCUCCUCCAUUCUCGUCUUUCGUCGAUACAAAUGGCGGUCUUCCACGCUGCCGAUGUACCUCAGCGCUUUAGCCUUUGUGGACCUGAACCUCCUGUACUUCGGUUUGCUGGAGAACGCGGUGAGCUUGCUGCUGAACCGCAACAUGAAGUCCACCAACACCGCCUUGUGCAUCGUCGUCAUCUGGAUCGUCUACUCCUCCGGGACUGUCUCCGCCUGGCUGCUGGUGGCUGUGACUUUGCAGAGGGUCAUGUGCGUGGUGUGGCCUCACGCCAUGACCUCGCUGUGCUCGACCCGGAAGUCUAUCGUCUUGGUGCUGUUGAUCGUCACCUUGCCCUGGGUCCUGCAUUCUUGCCUCGCUUUCGCCCACUACGUGAAUGGCAAUAGCACGUGCACCAACUAUGAUGACCUCGAGUACUUCAGGUUUAAAGUCUGGCCAGUGGUGGACAUGAUUGUAUCCUCUCUCGUUCCGGCAACAAUCCUCCUCAUCUGCAACUUUAUCCUCAUAUCACGUCUGUACGUCUCUUUGAAUGAAGCUCGCAGACUGACCUGCAGUUCGCUCUCCUCCCGCCGGCGAGCCACCUCCUCCACGACCAUGACUUUGGUCAUCCUGACCACGGCUUUCCUGCUGCUGACUCUUCCCAUCAACGUGGAGCAGCUGUGGGAAGGAGAGCUACGCCGUAGGGCGGUUUCGCCGAUACCGACAUCAAUGGAGGCGAAGACGUAUCUGGCCUGGACCAUCACCGACCUCCUGUGGUACAGCAACAGCGCCCUCAACUUCCUCUUCUACUGUCUCAGCGGCUCUAAGUUCCGGAACGAGUUUGUGGUGCUGCUUUGCUGCCGCGAGAACAGCACCGCGAAAGCAAAGGCGAUGGCAACACCCGCGAAACGCUCGACAUCCAUCAGUGAGGAGACCAAGACCAAAGGUGAAAAUGAGUGUUCCGGAACUACUAAUAUCGAUACAAAGCUUUAAGGUUUGGUAGGGUUGGGCAAGGGGUCUGCAAAAAGAGAGAAAAAGAAAGACAUGGAGGAGACCGGUCCACAGAGAGGUGGAGGCAGCUGGCAGGACAUGGUCCCAACUGGGAAGGGACACCCAGAACCGGAUCCGAUGGUGGGGUGUAUUUGCGGCCCUAUAUGCUCCACUGGGGGCGAUUUGGAACAAAAUGAAGAAUAUGAAAGAAAACUCCAAAAUGAACAAAAUAUAUUUUCUAAAUACCGAUAAAAACACAUUUAAAAACAAACAUCAGCCAAUGACAGUUAUUUAGUAAGAUGGCCCAACCGUUAACAAGUUUAUCAAUCAAACACCUAAUAUCUUUUGAAAAAAAAAACUGAACUAUUUGAUUUGAAAUUAAAAGAAAACAAAGGUUUUAAAAAUUAAGUAAUAUUACAUUUUUCCACGGCAUCAUCGUACCUUUCCAUAGUUUUUCUGUCUUCCUACUGUUACUUAUGAUGUUUUUAUUAGUUAUUGUGCUAAGUCUGCUUAACUUUGAAUAUUUAUUAUCCACCACUGCUUGAAAUUCUCUGCUAUUUCAUGGUAGUGUAAAGCUAGCCCAGCUGUGUCAAUACCAACUGUUGCAGAGGAAUAUA